CAGUGGGGGUAUGCGAACAUAGACGGACCGCGCAAGGGGAUCGCGACGGAGAAGCAGUUUAGUGUCAGCCGACGGAGGAGCGUUCGUUCCGUUACCGUUCUAACCAUUUUCCGCCAGGUGUGCUGUUUCCACUUUUCGCUGAAAGAAAGAACACCGGGUAAAAAAUGCGAAACGCGGAGACGAUCGACCCGGCGUCGAGUCAACGACGGAGAACGUAGUCGCCCCGCUGUCAAAAAGAAAACGCGACACGUGCCCGAGGAACCUCGCUAAAAAUACGUUCGCGAUGGACUAUGGGGUUUAGUGAGAUGUUCGCGCGCGGAUCGAUCAUGCCAGUGACAACGUGCUUCCGCCCGGUCUUUCGGACAUACCACGAAAAUUCGUGAUACUGAAAGCAAUCUUUUAUCAUUCGAACGUGUGUCGAGUGUUCGCAUUGCGCAGAGAUACUCGCGGUACGUAGCGUUAUGGUUCAUGUUUGCGGUCUUUCGUUAAACAAACCGUUUUCUCGCGAACAACAAAAUCUGACUGUGAAAUUUCGUUCGGGAACAUGAGAAAACAACGUGUAGUGCAUCGAACACGGUAGACGUUCGGUGCACGAGUGCCAGGAAAGAUCGCUAACGUUGAAUUUCAAUCGAGAUUCAGUUGUCGCAAUCUCGCGAAAUGACUUUGUUACCCUGUGAAAAAGGAAUACUGAACAUGUCCCAGCCGUAGUGGUGUUUUAUACGGAUCGUAUAAAUCAAAGGCGAAAUAAUAACGCGUCGCGCAGCGGACUAUGAACACCGUUUAUCAGAGAGGAAAGACAUAUUUCAGGUCCUGGUAUGAUGAAGCCAUCGAUGAAAAUGGGGGUGAUAGCCUUAAUAGGUUUAUUCCUGGUGCUCUACCAAUACCAUUUGUCCACCGGUGUGCGUUUCGACCAGAUGAACGAUUUCAACACCGGUGGUUCAGCAGAGGAAAACUCCGUUCUAUCCCAAGAAGACGUAGAACGGUACGUGAGAACGUCCAAACUCACAGAAGAAAUGAUCAAAAGUGCCGUGCGUAGGGUUCAAGAGACGAACGGGCUAAGUCCGGACAUGGCGUCCAUGCUCGUACAAGAGUUAGUGAAUCAUUUGCACAAGAAUAUCCUCGAAGUCGCUGAAAACAAUUCGAAGAUCGCGCGAUAUAAGCUUGAAUUCGGUAGAAACGCGACGAUUGCUCAGCAACGGCCCACGACGGUCCCAGAAGAUACGGUGGAACCGCUGUACAUAAUCACGCCAACGUAUCGCCGGCCGGAACAGAUUCCAGAGCUCACCAGGAUGUCGCACACUUUGAUGCUGGUGAAGAACGUUCACUGGCUCGUUAUCGAGGACGCGACCGUUGCCACCAAACAAGUGACGAGGCUGCUGGAACGAACGGGAUUGAAGUUCGAUCAUCUGACUGCCCCGAUGCCCGAGAAGUACAAGCAGAAAAAGGGUGCCAAACCACGAGGCGUGUCUAAUCGGAACCGUGGCUUGCAGUGGAUCAGGGCGAACGCCACUAAUGGCGUCUUCUAUUUCGCUGACGACGACAAUACUUACGACAUCGCGCUUUUCGAUGAGAUACGUAAAACGAAAACGAUCUCCAUGUUUCCUGUGGGUCUGUGCACGAAGUUUGGUUUAAGUUCACCAGUCAUAAAAAAUGGGAAGUUCGUAGGAUUCUACGACGGGUGGAUCGCGGGCCGAAAGUUCCCGGUGGACAUGGCUGGUUUCGCGGUGAGCGUGAGAUUCCUGUUGCAGAGGCCGAACGCGACGAUGCCGUUCAAGGCCGGCUACGAGGAGGACGGGUUCCUGAAGAGUCUCGCGCCGUUCGAGCCGAAGGAAAUCGAAUUCCUCGCCGACAAUUGCACCAAGGUGCUGGCGUGGCACACGCAGACGAAGAAGAACGAGCCUAGUGCCCCCUUAGAUAUGAAACUGUACGGUGAGACGAACUUGGUUAAAUUAAAACUGCAGAUAGUAUGAUGGUGAGUCGUUCGUGACUGAGACUGACUGGAUUUUCGAGUUCGAUCUGAUUUUAAUUCACAUGUACAGUGAACUCUCUGUUAUCGAAUUCUGCUCGAAGAUAAACGGAUCAGUUGGCUAACAGAAUAAUCAGUAUGGUGAUACAAAAAAUUAAUUUAUGAAUUCGGACCUUAAUAACUUACGCGAAAUCUAGCGAUUGUGAUUGAAUUAAAGUAGCGUUAAAGGUUUCGAAAUGUGGAUUACAUAAGAGGGAAUUUACUGUACGAUAAAGUGAUUCAGUGCCUGAAGUAUCGUAAAGUACGAUUGGCGUAGCGAUGAUUUUCUUCGUUUUUUUUGUUAUCUUCGAAAAGAUUCUGGGACAGCUAUGUUUCGUUCCGAAUUUCUUUAUUGAAGUUGCUUGCUACUAUUAUUAAUAUUAUUAUUGGCCUUGGAAAAUGAAUUCGGAACGGAUUGUAGCUUUGCCGAAAUUUUUUUUUGAAGUAACGCGCAAUAAGGACGGGAACUGUGUUGCAAAAGUAUGGCUCUGACUAGAGAAUUAUUUUGUAUAUUAACGCUUAGGUUUUAGCUGUUACAAUGAUUAGUACGUAGUCAGUAGGCCAAUGACCAAUUAGCGCGGACGAGAUGACUCGGUUCAAAGUUCGUUGACGCGUGGAUAUUACGAUAUAACAAAAGAGAACUGUAACUAAGAAAGACUUCACUGUUGAGUACAACGUCUCAUGUUAUCUUCCGUUUCAUUUCGACCUAAGUCUGAUAUGUGACCAAGCGUUCUUUUCUCAUUUAUAAGAGCCAUACAGCGAACGUAGAUUUCAUUAAGUCUUGAAUAGAAUAGGAAUCUCUAACGAGAAUUACCUUUUGUACUUAUCGUUGUACAAAAAUCGUUUCAGAGUUCGCCUCUGUCACAGUGCAAUAUGUAAUAUAGUCCUGUCAUGUAUCAGACAACGAACGAACUGUUUGUUCUAAAAUAGCAUUUAUUUACGUAUGAAAGUUAUUCGAUUAUUUCAUAAUUUCUAUCGUUAUCCAAAGUUUAUGGAGAAUUGUUAAUUGAAAUUAUAGUUAGGAUCCCUGUGUCAUUCCUUUUAUCAUAUUAGUUCAUUUAAUUAUUACUCUUUGUUUUAAAAAGAAUAUGUGAAUUAUGAAAUAAUUUAUCUUAAAAUUAACAAGAGAGAGAGAGAGAGAACAAGAGUAAGAGAGAAUGUGAAUCAGUGCAGAAAGAACGAUACCGUAUGAUAUUUUAUAAGAAACGGCUACAGUUGGCGGCGAACAAAAAUGUUUCGUCGGUCAAACGUGAAUCAUAUCGAAUGCAUGCGUAGGUAGGAAAAAAUGAAACGUGUUUCAAAAGGUCUGAAUAGAGUAUCGCGCGAGGAAUUGUUCAAUCUUGGAACAAUCAAUAAAAGUUGGAGAUAGGGUAAAUACAGAGUUAAAAACCUUAUUUUGAAAUGGUAGUAGACCUUUUGGAGCUACAUCUUAUCGAUUACCAAAGUGAUGCGAGUGAUACAUUAUUUUAAUCGUUGAUGAGACGGUUAAUCUCUCCGCCCUUGUUGCUCGAGAAAUAAUGCGAUAUAUAGUUCCGGUUGCUACGCGCAUCCGCUAUAUACAUAUAUAAAUAUAUAUUAUCUAGUCCAGCAACAUUAAAAAAAAAUAUCAAAAAGUAUUAUAGCAGUGUCGAGCGAAUAUAAUUGCGUUAUAUAUUUUUUGGAGAAUCUGCGAAAUACUGUUCUUUUAAAGUAUUCAACAUUGACGACUUAACCUAAGAAAACAACUAUGAAUAAUUAUAUUAGCCAAAGUUUGUCGACACAUGCACAUAGAGUUUCGUGAGAACGUUUACGGGCACAAUAUGUACAUUGUUAGGCCGACUCAAAGUCCUGCGAUUCGCUUGUAAUUAAGCGGAGACACUACAAGCAAUAAAUUCGUUAUUAGAUAAUAAUACGUUGGCUUCGUGCGAAUCGCGUAUUCGUGUGCGUGGGUGUUGUAACGAUUGCAAAAAUAAAAAACGUACGACGACACGUUUGAUCUUUAUCAUGAUAAAAUAAAAAGAGAAACGGUGGAAGUUAAUAAAGUGUUUUCAAUUCAA